UCCCGCCGGGGUGCCGGGUCUGCAGAGCGGGCGGCCUGGCAGCCUCCGGGACACGGCUGGGCCAUGGCUGAUGCCCCCUCCCCAUCCUGGGCCCCAUGUCCUGUGUCCUGUCUCCCCGGGGGAUCCAUGAGCGUGCACCUGCACCCCGGCCAGGUUGCAUCCUGGGGGCACCUGCAGCCUCCAGCUGCCCAGGAGCCUGUGAUACCAGCUUCCCGGAAAACCUCACCGCCGAGGGGACCCAGGAGACCUGGGGCCCGGACAUCCCCGCCAUCAACCAAGGGCUCACCCCAGAGGAGACCCCCGAGAGCAGCUUCCUCCUGGAGGGGGACAUCAUCCGGCCGAGUCCCUUCCGGCUGUUGUCAGCUGAGAGCAGCAGGUGGCCCAAGACUGGUGACGUUGUCGAGGUCCCCUUCCUGCUCUCCAGCAAGUACGAUGAGCACAGCCGGGGGGUCAUCCUGGCGGCGUUUGCCGAGUUUGAACACUUCACGUGCGUCAGGUUUGUCCCCUACGGGGGCCAGAGGGACUUCAUUUCCAUCGUGCCCAUGUCGGGGUGCUUCUCCAGCGUGGGGCGCGGCGGGGGGAUGCAGCUGGUGUCCCUGGCGCCCGCCUGCCUCCGGAGGGGCCCGGGCAUCGCGCUGCACGAGCUCAUGCACGUGCUGGGCUUCUGGCACGAGCACGCCCGCGCCGACCGGGACCGCUACAUCCGCAUCGACUGGAGAGAGAUCCUCCCAGGCUUUGAAAUCAACUUCAUCAAAUCUCGAAGCAGCAACAUGCUGGUGCCUUACGACUACUCCUCAGUGAUGCACUACGGGAGGUUCGCCUUCAGCCGCCGCGGGGCCCCCACCAUCGUGCCGCUCUGGGCCCCCCACGUCCACCUCGGGCAGCGGAGGAACCUGAGCGCCUCGGACGUCACCCGCGUCCUCAGGCUCUACGCCUGCGGCCCCCGCGGGGCAGGUGAGCGGCCCGGGGCGGGACCCCCAGCCACAGCCCCCAGUGGGAGCCCCACCCCAGCCUCCAGGCCGUACCUGCAGAGGCUUCUGUCAGCGAUGAUGGCAGAAUCCAGGACCCCCCACCCCGGUGGCCCCCAGGCUGGAGGCCAGCAUGUCACUGCGGGGCCUGGAGAGAGCCCGGCGGGGUGGGGGCCUCCCGCUCCGGGGAAGUUCCAUGAAGAGGCCUCGGCCAGGCCGCCCCAGGCCCCGAGAUCUAGGCCUGGAGCACGGGCUCCUGGAACUGCUCUGGCCCAAGCCCCCACUGUGCCCCCAGCCCCAUCCCUAGAAUUAGGAAGCCAGCCAGCACCCGUCUAGGAUGCUUUGGGGAGCCCGUGGCUUCUGUCCCCCGUGGGGAGGGUGCCCACCCCUUGGCCCCACUGGGACUCCCUGUCUUCCAGCCCCACUCUGGUCUCCCUCUCUUGGAGGGCAAGGCA